AUGUCCCACUUCUGUCUGACACCCCCAUUUGAGGUGGGAUCCAUGCACGACCCCUGGGCCAGCGAUGAGACACAGGUGAAAGUGCCGGUGCUCGACCCCUGCGUCCACCUCCGGCCUCGCUCACCAGCGGGCGUCAAGACCCCACAGCACGUGCAGCUGGAGGAUCGCGAGGAGGUGAGGAGCACGGGGAAGUCCCGAGCUGAGCCGAAGACCUCGGUCCCCGACGUGUCACGUGCCCCGACCCCGGGCGGACGUCCCGGCCCCCGGAGCCUCGAUUUCCCCGGGCACGUGAGGGACCGUUUCGCGCCCGUCCCUCGGCCCCACUGUGAAGAUGCAGGUCUGAGGCGCCCUGGGCCUCGAGCGCGCUUCACAGCGGGGAAGCUGAGGCUGGGAGUGAGACCGUCAGCCGAGGUCGCCCCGCUCUGGGGCCCCUCGGCCGCCACCCCCUCCCCGGGCCCCGCUCUGUGCACAGGGCCCCACGAUGGCGGCGGCGUGGAUGGCCCCUGCGCGGUCCUGCGGCAGUGCCGGAGUUCCGACAAGUGUUUGGUCAGUGCCUGGAAGGUGAAAGUGAUGCUUCCUUCCGCGGGCGUCCGUCACUCACAGAUCCAGCCCGCCCGGGGACCUGCAGGCUGUCCUCUACCCAAACCAGAGCAGAUCUACCCACUGGAGCGGAGCCCAGAGUUAUGGACACUGCAGAGAGGCCUCUCCUCUAGCAAUUGCCCAGGUGACAGUAUAAAACCUGAGACCACCGAGCCUUCCCCUUCUCACCUUGCCUUGUCUGAGGAAACCUCACCACGGGAGCAAAUGACUUCACGAGCCCCAGGGUACUCCCAGCUUGGGCAAGGCAAGAGUCAGGAUAGGCCAUCAGAAAUGCUGGAAGGCCAGUUGGAACCAGGAACAGACCCCCUGAUGGAAAAGCUCCCUGGAAACACGAAGCCCGAACAUGAUGGUUUAGGGACAGAUGAUAGUCUACACUCAAGGAUUGUACAGGAGCUGAUCCCUGUGGGACAUGUCCUCCAUGAACGUGACUCACGGGGACCACUGAAAGAUCCCUUGAUUCGUGAAGGGAGACGUCCCUAUAAGUGUGCGGAAUGCGGGAAAGUGUUUACCAAGAACUGCUUUCUUGUUCGACAUGAGCAGGUUCACACUGGAGUGAAGCCCUAUGAAUGCACCGAGUGCGGGAAAACUUUUAGCAAGAGCACACACCUCCUCCAGCACCACAUGAUCCACACGGGGGAGAGGCCCUACGAGUGCAUGGAGUGCGGGAAGGCCUUCAACCGCAGGUCGCACCUCACGAGGCACCAGCGGAUUCACACUGGGGAGAAGCCUUAUAAGUGCAGUGAGUGUGGAAAGGCCUUCACCCACCGCUCCAAUUUAGUCUUGCAUAACAGGAGCCACACUGGAGAGAAACCCUUUGUGUGCAAAGAAUGUGGAAAAGCCUUCCGAGAUAAGACAGGUUUCCUUCGACACUACAUCAUCCACACAGGAGAGAAGCCCUUCGAGUGCCUGGAGUGUGGGAAGGCCUUCAACCGCCGCUCACAUCUCACGUGGCACCAGCAGAUUCACAGUGGAGUGAGACCCUUUGAAUGCAACGAAUGUGGGAAAGCCUUUUGCGACAGCACAGACCUCAUUCAGCACUAUGUCAUCCACACGGGGGAGAAGCCCUACAAGUGCCUGGAGUGUGGGAAGGCCUUCUACCGCCGGUCACACCUCAAGCAGCACCAGCGGAGUCACACCGGCGAGAAGCCCUAUGUGUGCACUGAGUGCGGAAAGGCCUUCACCCACUGCUCCACUUUCAUCUUGCACAAAAGGGCCCACACCGGAGAAAAACCCUACGAGUGCAAAGAAUGCGGGAAAGCCUUUAGCAAUCGGUCAGACCUCAUCCGACACUUCAGCAUCCACACUGAGGAGAAGCCCUACGAGUGCAUGGAGUGCGGGAAGGCCUUCAACCGCCGCUCAUACCUCACGAGGCACCAGCGGAUUCACAGUGGAGAGAAGCCCUAUGAGUGCGUGCAGUGUGGCAAAGCCUUUUGCCAGAGGGCAAACCUCAUUCGACACGCCAUCAUCCACACCGGGGAGAAGCCCUAUGAGUGCAGUGAGUGUGGAAAGGCCUUCACCUACUGCUACACUUUCAUCUUGCACAAAAGGGCCCACAUUGGAGAAAAACCUUUUGACGUCAGACACGUGGGAAAGCCUUUUGCAAAUGGACUUCCCUCAGUCAGCACCAGAGAACUCAUACUGAGGAGAAGCCUUUUGAAUGUAAGUCCUGAGGAAACUUUGCCAGAGGAAACCUCCUGCCAAGCAUCUGAAAAAUUAUACCAAAGAGAAACCCCGUAAGUGUCAUCGUUGUGA